AUGUCUACAGAACACCUUUUGGGAGAUCUAGGAGCCGUUCUGGAGGCGCUGAUGGGAACGGCGGACGAACCUAGACAAGAAGCCGAGAAACAUCUACGAACCCUGACGAUAGAUCGACCUGCAGAGGUACUUUUGCUCCUCGCUCAGAUAGGUGCUCAAGGUGUAGGAGGCUUUCAGCUUGAUCAUCGACUAUUAACUCUUAUCCUGCUCAAACGACUGGCUUUCAAACCUGUACCGGGACUGUUUCUCAACUCAACAGCACAACAUGCUACUGCUCCAUUUGAUGUGAUACGUGAGACUACAAGAGGUAGAAUCGAAACUGUCUUGUGUGCCGGAUUGAAAGAUGAGAUGGAUACCAGGAUGAGAAAGGGAUUAGGUAGUUGUGCAGCUGGAUGGGCACAGGAGAGCUCCAUCAGGCAUAGACCGCUAUUACCACUACCACCUGUAUUGCUCGAGCUCACUACAUCACCCCAUCCAUUUCAUCGAUUCACACCUUUUCAAUUACUUGACAUGACUCCUACCCUUCUAGUGGACUCGGUCAGUGAUCCACUUCCAGCUGCUCAAUUAGCACAAGUUCUUCUGGCUGGAUUAAACGAUCCCAGUGUAGAUGUAAGAGUGGAAGCUAUGAAAGCCGUUCGAAGUGUACUCAUGGAAGGCGUGACGGGUAAAGAAAGAGAGGAAAUAGGUUCGGAAUUAGUCAAUCAUGCUUUCCAGUCACUACCUAGACUACCUCUGAAUCUACUUUCACACGCUCUAGUCCCUUUAGUCGACUUGUCAUCAGUCCACCCAAAUCUGUAUCUACCCUCAUUACCUACGAUCUUACCUUAUCUCCUUUCGAUCAUUUCACCGCCAGGUGACUUACCUCCGCACCAAUUUUCACCCUAUCCACAGUCAUCACUGUCUAUCGAAGAAUGGGAAGAGAUAGCGAAUCCAGCUACUGAAAUCAUAUUAUCCCUCUGCGAGCUAAGACCCACUCAACUGCAGAAUUGGGAAUCAGGAAGAGUAGGAAGGGAAUUGGUGGGAUUGCUGAUCGGAAGGCAAGUAGCAAGCUUUGAUGUGGACUGUCAAGAUUGGUUAGAUACAACUAAUCUGGACGAGGAAGAUGAAGAUUAUCCUGUGUUUGGCGAAGAAGCGUUAGACCGCUUAGCGAUAUCACUCGGGGGGACAACGGUUCUACCAGCGCUUUCAAAUCAGGUACAAUCGCUCGUAACCCAACAGGAUUGGAGAUGUCGAUACUCUGCUCUAGUAGCUAUCUCCGCUGUUGCGGAAGGAUGUUUAGAAGAACUUCAACCGAGGAUAAAAGAUGUUCUGACGAUUAUCUCGCCGACGGCCAAAGAUUCCCAUCCAAGAGUUAGAUAUGCAUUCUUGCAAUGUAUAGGAACUCUAUGUGCGGAUUGCGAGGGAACAAUGCAGAAAGAUUACGCCAACGAUGUUAUGGAAGUUUGUUUGGCCUUACUGGAAGAUCCCAUCACACGCGUGCGAACUCACUCUGCAGCUUGUUUGACGAAUUUCUUCCAAGAUAUUGAGAUAGAGUCGUUCUCCUCUCAUCUCGAACCGCUAGUGAGGACGCUCCUCAACCAGUUCCAUGCAGGCCCUUUGUAUCUUCAGGAACAAGUGUUAGCGACGAUCUAUAUAGCAAAUGUCGCUCUCGGCGCUAUGGAGUCCUUUAUACCGUACUAUCGAGACAUCAUGGACUUGAUAAUACAUAUCCUUACUACUGCAACAGAUGAAACUCAGCAGAAACUUCAAGGUAGGGCGAUGGAAUGUGCAAGUCUGACAGGUUCUGCUGUUGGAAAAGCGGUAUUUUCAGGAGACGCUGUCAGAAUUGCCCAACUGAUGAUCACCAUACAAAACUCACUACAACCGGACGAUAGACGUUCCGGGUAUCUGAUGGAUGCCUGGACAAGUCUGUGUCAAACGUUAGGAAACGAUUUCGAGCCGUUUUUACCUCAAGUCGUCCCUCCGCUCCUCAAAGCAGCAUCGUAUAAACCAAUUCAGCCUGAUGCUUUGUUGUCCAGUUUCGAGGAAUCUAUCCCUGACAUGGACGACUCUUUGAUAGCUUCAAAUACGGCUGAAAUGGAUGAGAAGGUGCAAGCGUUUGAAAAUCUGACUCUGUACGCUUUUACCAUGAGAGGGAAAUUCCAACCUUGGUUGAUGAAGAGUAUGGAAUUGAGCUUGGAAGGAUUAGUGGAUAAAUACUCCGAGGACGUGAGAGAGGCUGCAGCUUUCCUCGUGCCCGGUCUUUUGCAAGUAGCUAAAGACGCCAAAGUAUGGAACGACAAUCCUAAUAACCUUAUCGAAGUCUUCCAGAGGGUCAUCAACGCGAUUACUAAAGAAAGUGAUUCAUCUUUCGUUGCAUUACUGUAUAAAUCAUUCGCGGAUUCACUUCACGUCGUGGCACUUUCCCUACCCACCAACCUAUCUAAUCAUUUGAUCAAUACUACUACAGCACAUUUACGUGAUUUUCAUUCUGCAAGAGUAGAUAGAGAAGCACAAUCUGAAUAUAUGGAUGAAGCAGACCGUGAGAUAUACCUCGAAGAACAAGAAAAUGAAAAUUCCGCAUUGGACCAAAUUGAUAAAGCUAUGGAGAUGAUAUUGAAAUACGAUGAAAGUCUAAAAGAUAAAGUCGGGAGCGUGCAAGAUUUAAGACUGGAGACUAGAAGAAGAGGAUUGAAAGAUGAUUAUGAGGAAAUAUAG